AUGUCACGAAGCACCCAGUUCUCGACGCCCGUACAUCAGCAAGUACUAGAAAAGACACCGGGACCACCGAAAGAUGGAACCGUCAAAGGACCCGUCUCCUUUCUGAACCCAACACGAGCGAACUUCGAUUUACCAGCGCCCGCUGAAGCGACAGCACGAACGGAAGUCUCGGGCAAAGACGCGUAUCGAGUUGAGUGGCGCGCGCGAGACAAUCGCAAAGGUCGUCAUAUUCUGGUCGUCCCACCUACACAUGCACCGACCGAGCCACCACGAAUCACGAGCUCAUCAGGUGCCAUUGCUCAAGGAGUGUGGCGUAUGAUUACAGUAUGGGCCUGGUGGGACGUCUCGUGGUGGAUUGCGGUUCUCUUCACAUACGGCUCAGCCAUCUUUGCGGUCUCUUCGUUCUUCUACUGGCUUCCCCUGGCGGCUCCCAGCAUUACGUUUCACGACGAAUCGCUCGUUGCAGGUGGAGUGAUGGCCUUCAUUGGUGCUACUUUGUUCACGGUCGGAGGAGUCCUCCUCAUCGUGGAGGCCUCCAACGAGAACCAGACUGGAUGCUUUGGCUGGGCCGUCGAGCAUCUCUUCGUUGCAGACGACACGAACGGACCAGAAGCUGAGAAGCAGGCAUCAGAGGUCCGCUCUCAACCCAACGCGUGCAAGCAUCAUCAUCACCGCGGAUUGCAUCAUGGCGUUCACCUGCAACAUCCAGAGGCUGGUAGGAAGUGGGAAUGGGCACCCACUCGGCAUGAGCUUACUUCACACUACCUCCGGGAGAUUGGAUUCCUCGGCUCGUUCAUCAUGGCCAUCGGUGCUGUUGUGUUCUACGUCAGUGGAAUCAUGGCCUUGCCGGGCAUCUACAACAAAAUCUCAACACCCGUCUUAUGGGGCACGUACUGGCUCGCCUACCUCGUCGGUGGCGUUCUCUUCACCGUCAGUUCACUUUUGUACGUCCUCGAAACGCAAAAGAAGUGGUGGCUCCCAGCACCGAAAGUACUCGGCUGGUGGAUCGGAGUCUUCAAUCUCACCGGCAGCGUGGGAUGGGUUCUCAGCGCCAGCUUUGGCUACUGCUCUCCAUCUUGGUGUGCAUAUCAGAGCAAUCUCAGCACUCUCUGGGCCAGCUUUGCCUUCUUAUUCGGCAGCUUGUUGCUGUGGUAUGAGGCCUUGGAUAAGUAUCCUGUCUAUCGAGCAAAGGCUUAA